GGUGGCGGCGGUGUAGACUGGUGAAAGUAGGGCGGGGGUCCCAGGCGGCUGAAAUCGGCCCAGACAGCCUGGAGUCUGACACUGCAGGGCAUCCUCGAAGCAGGCGCCCUCCUGGCUGACCAUUUCUCCCCAAGCUCAGCGGGAACACCCUCUUGCUGAAGGAGCAUCUUGACUGGCCUGCUUCCAGAAUGUGCACCACUGUGUCUUGCUGGGUCUUCAAUUCUGCGCGGAACAGCAUUGCCACCGUCCAAGGGAGCAGGCGUUUCUACUCCAGGUGGAUCUCAAGUAGGACUAAGUCAAAAUGCAGGCUCUUCUCCCAGGCGCUGUCCCCGCCGAGAAUCACGGCCCCACGCAGCAGCGGCUUCGGGCGGCAGAAAGCUUACAGGCACACGUCCACGGAGGAGGACGACUUCCACUUGCAGCUGAGCCCCGCGCAGGUGAAUGAAGUGCUGCGAGCCGGGGAGUCGGCCCUCAAGAUUCUAGACCUUGACCGUAGAGCCCCAAAUGCAGUGUUGCGGUUCGAGAGCAACCAGCUGGCCGCCAACUCCCCCGUGGAGGACCGGAGGGGGGUAGCUGCCUGCCUGCAGACUGGUGGGUUGAUGUUUGGUAUCUUCGAUGGGCAUGGCGGCCACGCGUGUGCCCAGGCAGUGAGCGAGAGGCUCUUCUACUAUGUGGCCGUGUCCCUCAUGUCCCACCAAACCCUGGAGCAGAUGGAGGCGGCGAUGGAGAGCAUGAAGCCCCUGCUGCCCAUCCUGCAGUGGCACAAGCACCCGGGGGCCAGCAUCUACAAGGAUGUCACGUCGGUGCACCUCGACCACCUCCGCGUCUACUGGCAGGAGCUGCUAGACCUGCACAUGGAAGCGGGGCUGGGCAUGGAGGAGGCGCUCACCUACUCCUUCCGGAGGCUGGACUCUGACAUCUCGCUGGAGAUCCAGGCCCCCCUGGAGGACGAGGUGACCAGGAACCUCUCGCUCCAGGUGGCUUUCUCGGGGGCAACAGCUUGCCUGGCCCACGUCGAGGGGGUUCACCUGCACGUGGCCAACACCGGUGACUGCCGGGCCAUCCUGGGCGUCCAGGAGGACAGCGGCAGGUGGUCCUGCGUGCCCCUCACCCAGGACCACAAUGCCUGGAACCAGGCUGAGCUGUCACGGCUCAAGAGGGAGCACCCGGAGUCGGAGGACCGGACGAUCAUCAUGGAUGACCGGCUGCUUGGCGUCCUCAUGCCCUGCAGGGCCUUUGGUGACGUCCAGCUCAAGUGGAGCAGAGAGCUGCAGCGCAGCGUCCUGGAGCGGGGCUUCGACACCGAGGCCCUCAACAUCUACCAGUUCACGCCUCCCAACUACUAUACCCCCCCCUACCUGACGGCUGAGCCCGAGGUCACGUACCACCGGCUGAGGCCCCAGGACAGGUUCCUGGUGCUGGCUUCCGACGGGCUGUGGGAUGUGCUGGACAAUGACGCCGUGGUCAGGCUGGUGGUGGAGCACCUGACCGAGGCCAGCCGCCACCAGCCCGACAUGGCCCAGCGACCCACCAAGCUGGGCCUCAUGCAGGACCUACUGCUGCAGAGGAAAGCUAAGGGGCUCCACGCCGCCGACCACAACGCGGCCACCCACCUGAUCCGGCACGCCAUUGGGAGCAAUGAGUAUGGGGAGCUUGAGCCGGAGCGCCUGGCCGCCAUGCUGACGCUGCCCGAGGACCUGGCACGCAUGUACAGGGACGACAUCACCAUCACUGUGGUGUAUUUCAACUCCAACUCGAUUGACGCCUAUCACAGGGGGCUCCAGGAGCCGCCCGCUCAACUGCCAAGGCCAUCGUAAAUGCUCCUCCAGCGACAUUUCUGAGCCCGGGCAGCUGACGUACGUAGCUUGAGGAACCACCGGUUCACGGGAGGGACAUACACCGAACUUAGGGUUCGAGACAAAAGCAGCGAUGACCUGGGCCAACCCUCUGUGCGGUGCAGGCAGAGAGGAGAGACAUGGGAAUGGCCGAGGAGUCACGAAGCCCAAGUCCUUUUAAAGAGACCUUUGGUCGUGAAACAGGGCCCCCUUCACCUCCCGGUGGAAAUCCAAUCACCCGUCUAAGAAGAACGCUGCCGGGCCUUCUGUGGUCUUGCCGAAAACCCUGCACACUCACCAUUCUGAUCUCACAGCCUUGGACGCCUGGCCGUGGAAAGCGGGGGCACCCUUGUUUGCUUUUUUCCGGCUGUGGCCUCAGUUUACAAGCCAUCGCACAGGGCUCUCUUCUAUGCCAUAGUCUAGCUCAGUGGUUCUCAACUUUCCUCAUGCCUCGACCCUUUCAUACAGUUCCUCAUGUGAUGGUGACCCCGAA